UUUAAAUGCUUUAUUAAUUGUUCCCCGUUAGUCUUGUGAUGUCUACAGCUGCAUGCUGACACUCGCUUUUACCUAUAAUACCGUUAUAUCGUCGCUGAAGAAGAAAUGAGUUACUUUGAGAAGUCGUAUCCUCGAGAUGGCUUUAUAUUAAUCCCCAAUCAGAAUAAUUCCUCGCAUUACGGAGAGCAACAGAACGUCGCUGAUAAAUGGAAUCAUUUCUUCCUGAAUGGCUCUAAUGUUGAGGUGGAUAUUGAAUCCAGUAGCGACUCGAAUAAAUCCGCUAGAAACUCGUGUUCCUCAAGUAUUGAUUCAUCGACAAGUUUUGAUGGCUCUACUGGAGCAGAACGACGCCUGAAUACGAACAAUAGUUCAUGUGUAAGCCCAACUGGGAAAAAUAUUUCAUUCCGUAAUGGUGUCUCAAAGCAAAAAUCUGACGGAUUAUGUCAGAUAACAAUGUCAAAUAAGCCUUCCACAUUACAGCAUUUUAUAAACGACCCAGUAAAAGAGUUUGGUUGUAAUAAAGAAAUGGAAGGCUCACGUCUUGAUGAUGAUAACGAAGAAUUAGAUCACUAUGAAGCACUACCGACGCACAUAUCAUCUAGGUUAAACAUUGAGAACUUCGACAGAAUGGAAAGACUUAAAAUAUCAAACGGUGAAAAUGGGAUGUUAAAGAGUGUUAAGGGAACGGUAAGAGGCUACAAGAAUAUGGUGCGACGUUAUUCAGCUUCAUUUAACUCAAAAGGACAUGUUAUUCCUCCUUCAGACCAGGCUUUGAACGAAAAUGAAGAAAAAAUUAUAAUUUAUACGACCUCUAUGACAGCCGUUCGUGCCACGACAGAUGCAUGUUCCUAUGUAAAGAAAGUGUUUAAAAAUAGAGGUCUUCCCUUUGAGGAACGUGAUGUAUUUAUUCAUAAGGAGCAUCAGAAAGAAAUGCAAAAUCAUUUGGGAAGAGGGCUGAGUUUACCUCAAGUUAUAAUCAAUGGAAUUCAUAUUGGGGGGCUAAAAGAAAUAGAGGAAUUAAACGAAAGUGGCAAAAUAUCAUCUGUUACUGCAGGCUAUCAGCGUCGUUAUGGAAUGAAAGAUUGCGAAAGAUGUGGUGGACGAAGAUUUAUAAAUUGUCUUUCAUGUGGAGGAAGUAAAACAAGUCGUAAGCACAGAAUUAACCGAGAAAUCUGCUCGUUACGCUGUACAACAUGCAAUGAAAACGGUUUAGUACCUUGCCCUGAUUGCGGUGCUUUACACGAAAACAAAGAAUGACAAGAUUCCUACUUCAAACUUGUGGAUCAUGAUAGUCGUUCUUUAUCACGAACGUAUACGUAAAUAACCAAGGCUGGUCCUUGCUCUUGGAAAUGAACAAUGAUAUCUGAUGGAUUUGACAUUGAACUACAGAUUCUAUUAAGAUUACUUUCGCAUGAUCAUCAUUUUCCAAACAGAUUCCUACAUUUUAGUCACGGUCAGAUCAUGCAACGUUCUACUAAUUUAUUUGAAAGAAUGUUUUUAAGUUAUUUAUAAUUAAAUGAUUAAGUAUUUUUUAAUAUGCAGCGCUCAAUGUUUAUAUAAUAGUGGACAAUACUCAACAGUUGAGCUAACUGCUUCCAUUACUGAAUGUUAGCAGUUUUAUGUAAAGCAAAAAUAGAUGUACGUUUAAUUUAUAAUUAUGGAUAAUUUCUGUCCCAAUAUUCUAUAGAAGUAAAUAAAACAUGUAACCUUAAUUGAUGAGGAAUACUGAAUCAGUAAAAUGCCCUCGCAAUAUAGGUUUAAAUCCAUGAUCCAUGAUGCAUGCAGCAAUCUACUGGUUACCUGGUUCAGUCUAGAAUUUACCACUGACACGUGUACAACAGUGAACACACACAACAGUAUAUACAAGAGUCACUGUAUGCAUUAUCUAAAUUGUAGUACAAAAUAUUAGUACAACGCUGACGGUGCUCCAGCAGGCGCAGGCUAUUCGGCUGCUCCUAAAGCGAUGUGUAUAAAAAUAUUUAUAGUUAUAAACGAAAAGAAUGCAAUCGAUGAAAUUGGUGGGAAGAGAAAGCUGACUUAAAGCCCUAACGUCCCUGCAAACAUCCCAAUUCUUGGUCAGUAUUUUUUACUGCCGAGAGUGCUGCUAGCCGUUCCUACUUAAAUCUUUUGACAAAGAAUUGAAAGUAAAAGUAAAACUGAAUGUAGUCACAGAGAUGUAAUACUGCUAUAUUCCAUGACUAAUUAAUCGCCUUGGGCCUACACAAAUGGUAGUAUA